CGUCGCUGACGUUAGACAUUUCAAACAACGAAAGUUGUGUAGUUUGGUUUAUCAAUCGCGUGUAAAACAGUUCAAAAAUCUGGCCCAAAUUACACGCUUCAAAAAGAAUAUAAAGACAUUGUGUUGUGUCUCCUAAAGAGAAAAAUAUUUAAAAGAGAAAGCGAAGAAGAUAAAGAAUUAAUUAAGUACAUAACCAUCUAGAAAAAACGAAAGUUUCAAAGUAUUUCAAUCAAUUGUUAUUUAUGAAAUUGAAUUUGCGAAUAGGAAUCGAUUUUGUAAACUUUUAAUUCAUGUGUACAAAUUCCCUUUAAAUACAUCAUCAACACAUCUUUGAUAAAGAUUGGCAACACGAUGAAUUUACCACGAGUGUACUUUGACAUAACUGCAGAUGAUAAGUCAUUAGGACAAAUUGUAAUACAAUUACGUCCUGAUGUUGUACCAAAGACAUCAGAAAAUUUUCGUGCACUAUGCACGGGAGAAAGAGGCUAUGGUUAUAAGGGAAGUUAUUUUCAUCGUGUAAUUCCCAAUUUCAUGUGUCAGGGCGGUGAUUUUACACAUCACAAUGGUACAGGCGGAAAGUCAAUCUAUGGUGAAAAAUUUGAAGAUGAAAAUUUUGAACUCAAGCAUACUGGAGGUGGUAUAUUAUCAAUGGCAAAUUCUGGUCCAAACACAAACGGCUCACAAUUUUUUAUCACCACUAUAAAAACACCUUGGCUGGACAAUAAACACGUCGUAUUUGGCAAUGUUGUUGAAGGAAUGGACAUUGUAAGAAAAAUUGAAAGUUAUGGAUCUUCAACUGGUAAAACAUAUCAGAAAAUUAUGAUAGUAGAUUGUGGUCAAUUAUUUUGAACAUUGUAAGGUAAAAAAGUUUAUAAAUUUUUAAUUUAAUUAAAAUAAAUUCUAAAAAUAUGAUUUAUA